GAGUACAGCUUAUGGGCUUGUCAAGAUCAACUCCUGCGCCAUGCUCUUAUCACCUUCAUCUAGAAGAAGAUCACCCUUUAUAUUGCUAUUGCUGCUGUUGCUGCCACAAUGCAACAAGUCGGGGAAACGUUGGCAAGGCUCUAUGCUAAUCAUUCUUGCACUUAGGGAUUCCUUGGAAAUCGAAAAGGGUAAAACUCAUUUAAUCUUGGCAAUCAAAAUCAGGGUCACAAUUUUAGUUCUAAAACCACAACUAAGCCCACUAGUUGCAAUCACCUGGACCAUUUGGCUGGCAAGAAAUGAGGUGAAGAGAAGGGGAUCACACUCUCCGAUUGGAUACAACAUCCAAGAAGGAGCACUCUUGCAGCCUUCACAAAAAAGAGGGCAGACACGUGACAUAGACCAUACAAUGGAGUUCAAGGCCCUAAAGAUCAAUAGGCUCCCGCAGCAGUUCCAAGCUUUUGCUUUCCAUUCUACUCUGUUCUCAGUAAAGGAAACCGUUGAAAUGAAGCGCCAGAGUACAGCUUAUGGGCUCGUCAAGAUCAACUCCUGCGCCAUGCUCUUAUCACCUUCAUCUAGAAGAAGAUCACCCUUUAUACUGCUAUUGCUGCUGUUGCUGCCACAAUGCAACAAGUCGGGGAAACGUUGGCAAGGCUCUAUGCUAAUCAUUCUUGCACUUAGGGUCACAAUUUUAGUUCUAAAACCACAACUAAGCCCACUAGUUGCAAUCACCUGGACCAUUUGGCUGGCAAGAAAUGAGGUGAAGAGAAGGGGAUCACACUCUCCGAUUGGAUACAACAUCCAAGAAGGAGCACUCUUGCAGCCUUCACAAAAAAGAGGGCAGACACGUGACAUAGACCAUACAAUGGAGUGGGUUCAUGAAGGCUUCAUUGAGCAGUUAUUGACUGUAGUGUUGUCCCUGAUCCAUUGGGUUAUUUAAGCUGUAGUCAAUACAGGUUCAAGGCCCUAAAGAUCAAUAGGCUCCCGCAGCAGUUCCAAGCUUUUGCUUUCCAUUCUACUCUGUUCUCAGUAAAGGAAACCGUUGAAAUGAAGGUUUAAUAUAAUCUUCACAACUCUUCCUUAGUGUAUGAAUAUAUAAUUUCCUCUAAUUUGCAGUUACCUGAAGUUGUAAUUCACUCACACCAAAUAGAAUACUGUCAGGUUU